AUGUCGAGUCUAUCACCGCCAGGAAAAGCGGCAUCGCAAGAAACGCACGCGCGAACUCCUUCGAGAACUCCGAACCGUCGAGCUAUUAGCGCUGAGCCGUUUUCUGGCGUUCACACACCCCUCGACCGUAGCGGUGCUCGAGAUCUGCGUGCCUCUCUUCGCCGUGGUACACCAGCAUCUGCCGGUCGCUCCAAUGCGCCGACUCCUCAUGCCAAAGCCGCUCGUCGGCUGCUUGACCAGCGCCGAACGGCAAUGUUCACACCUGGAAAGAAUCGCAGGCAGAGCAUGUUGCAACAGAGAGAAACACCUUUGGAUAUUUUACGAAUGCUCGGUCGAACACUAGCGCCUAAGAGUCAGCCUAUUCACUCGUCAUCUUCAUCGUCUCCAGGGAAUAAACGGAGCUCGUCACCGGAACGGAGGGAGGACAGCAACUUGUAUGAUGAUGACGAUGAUGAUGAAGACGACGAUCUACUCACGAGGCCACCAAGACUAUCCUUGCCGUUAGACAUUGAAGACGCUUCUAGUACCAGCUCAGAUUUGCCUCCACCAAGGUUGUCACAAUUGGAUGAGGACAACUUUACUAUGCAGUCUAUUGAGAUGCCUCGAAGGAUUGCGAAUGACUCUCGGCUAUCUCGAGGGAGUCCUGGCAGCGAACGCAUGAGCGACUACUUCAAUGAAGCCACAGAUGGCGAUAUUGAACAAUCGGAUUUCUUCCCCGGUCUGCUAGAGGAUCUUCAGGCGAGAGCUGGGCAGGACGAUAUGACACUCGAGCCGAUUGAAGCAGACCAGACCCGGCGAAUGACGGAGGGUCCAGGAAGCGACUUUAAUUUCGAGUAUCCCGGUGGACUUGAGGACGGAACUGUCUUUCAAAUGUCUGACCCCGCCAACGAUCUUCAAGCAACAUCACCAAUUGGCGAGCCGUCAGUCACAGAAGCCAGAGCAGAUGAUGCUCAGGAUCCCCACACCGAUGUUGCGUAUGGAUCCGACUCCGAUGAUGGUGGCGGGGACUUUGGAAUGGACGGUUGGGAUUAUAACGAUGGUGGCUUCGACGAUCAUAGCUCAAUAAAUGAAGAGCCAGUGCCAAUACCAGAGCCAACAGUCACAGCCGGGCUGCGUCAUGAACCAGCGGAUGAUAGGCUACCUCGCGGCUUGAAAGCAAAGAAGCGAAAGCGGAUAUCACAACAUGGCAUUGAGUACCCGUCACUGCCUCCGGCUUUUGUCAAGCGAGUGGCCCAGACGGCUCUCCAAUCGUCAGGUCUGAGCAAUCAGCGUCUAUCGGCGGAGACAUUAGAUGCUCUCAUUCAGUCCUCGGAAUGGUUCUUCGAGCAGCUGGGUGACGAUUUAGGAGCCUAUGCGGAUCACGCGAAGCGCAAAACAAUCGAGGAGAGCGACGUCUUCACACUCAUGAAAAGGCAGCGUCAGAUAGGGCCGCGUUCCUCCAUGUUCUCUUUGGCACAGAAGCACCUCCCAAGAGAGCUCCUCCAGGAGCUGAGAAUGCCAGUUCCGCAACCCGCUAAGCAACGCAAAGCAAGACGUGUGUCGGGCCGAGGCGACGAGGCAGAAGUUGCUGAAGAUGCUGAAGACACAUGA